CAGAAGAGCAGUUGGAAAUUACCAUGGACCCGGAUAGGGAACCAGAGCUUGGAGACCUCAUUGAAAUCUCCAGAGACGGAUAUCAGCACUGGGCAAUUUAUGUUGGAAAUGGAUAUGUGAUUCACCUGGUCAAAGACUCUGACACUGGAGCCAAGGGCACAGUGAAGAAAGAAAAACUUAAGGAUGUGGUUGGCAAAGAUAAAUACCAGAUCAACAAUCAUCUGGAUAAAAUAUAUGUGCCACAUCCCACUGAAGACAUUCUACAGAAAGCAAUAAGUUAUGUGGAAGAGAAAUUUCCAUAUAAUAUGGCAUCAAGCAACUGUGAGCACUUUGUUACGCUGCUGAGAUACGGAAAGCCACAUUCCCAGCAGGUGCAAAAUGCAAAGAACCUUCUUCUUGCUGCUGUUGUCUUUAAAAUCCUUAAACUAGCCACUUUAAAAAAAGAGAGAGAAUAAAUAAACAUGGAAAUGGACAUUAUGUACAUAUGUACAUUUUCAAUGCGCUGUUAUAAUCUAAUUGACUUAAACGCCUAAUAAAAUGAGAGUU